AUGUCAGAUAAUAAAAGAACAGUAGCUAAUCCUAAUUACUCGAGAAGAUCAGAACCUCAAGAUGGCUUCAAGUCACUUCAAGAGUUUUAUCCGUUUUAUCUCGGAGAACAUUGUAACAAGAUAAACAGAAGACUGCAUUUUCUUGGGACAACGCUCAGUCUAGUAUUUGCUUAUUUGGCUGCUCGCCGUCGUAAGGCUAAAUUUUUACUUGCGGGUAUCUUGCAGGGCUACUUUUUUGCUUGGAUUGGACAUUUUGUAUUUGAAAAGAAGUAA